CUUUCAAUUCCUCUGGCAACAAACCACACACUGGGAUCUGACAUUGUAGAGUGCUUUCUUUUUCUUUUUUUUUUGGGAGGGGGGUGUGGUUGCAUAUUUAAACUCUCACGCAUUUAUGUAAUGAGGACUGCUGUGUAGGACUUUUCUGCAGAAUACCAUUUGAUCCUAUUAAGAAUUGUCCAAAUAUUGGAGCAUUUGAUUGAAAAAUCCUUCUUAGCCAUUUUAAAGAUAGCUUUCCAAUGAUUAGACGAAUUGAUUCUUUCUGUGACUCGUCAGUUCAUUUCCUGUAAAAUUCGUGUCUUGCUGUUGAUUUGUGAAUAAGAACCAGAGCUUAUAGAAACCAUCUGAAUCAUAUCCAGGAGUUUGCAAGAAACAGGUGCUUAACACUAAUUCACCUCCUGAACAAGAAAAAUGGGCUGUGACCGGAACAGUGGGCUCAUCACUGGGGCUGUCAUUGGUGCCAUCCUGGCUGUGUUUGGAGGUAUUCUAAUGCCAGUUGGAGACAUGCUUAUUCAGAGGACAAUUAAAAAGCAAGUUGUCCUCGAAGAAGGUACAAUUGCUUUUAAAAAUUGGGUUAAAACAGGCACAGAAGUUUACAGACAGUUUUGGAUCUUUGAUGUGCAAAAUCCACAGGAAGUGAUGAUGAACAGCAGCAACAUUCAAGUUAAGCAAAGAGGUCCUUAUACGUACAGAGUUCGUUUUCUAGCCAAGGAAAAUGUAACCCAGGACCCUGAGGACAACACAGUCUCUUUCCUGCAGCCCAAUGGUGCCAUCUUCGAACCUUCACUAUCAGUUGGAACAGAGGCUGACAACUUCACAGUUCUCAAUCUGGCUGUGGCAGCUGCAUCCCAUAUCUAUCAAAAUCCAUUUGUUCAAGUGGUACUCAAUUCACUUAUUAACAAGUCAAAAUCUUCUAUGUUCCAAGUCAGAACUUUGAGAGAACUGCUAUGGGGCUAUAGGGAUCCAUUUUUGAGUUUGGUUCCAUACCCUGUUACUACCACAGUUGGUCUAUUUUAUCCUUACAACAAUACUGCAGAUGGAGUUUAUAAAGUUUUCAAUGGAAAAGAUAACAUAAAUAAAGUUGCCAUAAUCGACACAUAUAAAGGUAAAAGGAAUCUCUCCUAUUGGGAAAGUUAUUGCGACAUGAUCAAUGGUACAGAUGCAGCCUCAUUUCCACCUUUUGUUGAGAAAAGCCAGGUAUUGCAGUUCUUUUCUUCUGAUAUUUGCAGGUCGAUCUAUGCUGUAUUUGAAUCCGAAGUUAAUCUGAAAGGAAUCCCUGUGUAUAGAUUUGUUCUUCCACCCAAGGCCUUUGCCUCUCCAGUUCAAAACCCAGACAACUAUUGUUUCUGCACAGAAAAAAUUAUCUCAAAAAAUUGUACAUCAUAUGGUGUGCUAGACAUCAGCAAAUGCAAAGAAGGGAGACCUGUGUACAUUUCACUUCCUCAUUUUCUGUAUGCAAGUCCUGAUGUUUCAGAACCUAUUGAUGGAUUAAACCCAAAUGAAGAAGAACACAGGACAUACCUGAAUAUUGAACCUAUAACUGGAUUCACUUUACAAUUUGCAAAACGGCUGCAGGUCAACCUACUGGUCAAGCCAUCAAAAAAAAUUCAAGUAUUAAAGCGUCUGAAGAGGAACUAUAUUGUGCCUAUUCUUUGGCUUAAUGAGACUGGGACCAUUGGUGAUGAGAAGGCAAACGUGUUCAGAAGUCAAGUAACUGGAAAAAUAAACCUCCUUGGCCUGAUAGAAAUGAUCUUACUCAGUGUUGGUGUGGUGAUGUUUGUUGCUUUCAUGAUUUCAUAUUGUGCAUGCAGAUCAAAAACAAUAAAAUAAACCUGGCUCAAGCACAAACCAAUUUCUUUGUGUCGUUCUGAUUCAAUAAUUGGUUUCUGGGUGGCCAAUUUGGAAGAAGAAUGGACAUUCUCAAUAAGUUCUAGGCCCUGCAUUCCUGUCAUCCUCAUCCGGGGGAAACACCAUCGUCCUAGUAGCCGCCCUAUUCAGUUGCAACAGUCUCAAGGACCAUCAGCAUAUUGCAUUUCAUGUGCACCAAAUAUUUUGAAAGACAUUUAUAAAUAAUUGGUUUAUGACUCAUAUUUCUCUAUGAAUAUCUUCAUACAGCAGGUAUAACUUCUUUUCUUUAUGGGCUUAUAUAUUUUGUCACUGAUCCUGCAAAUGGACAUCAUUUUAGCACAUGGACAUUUUAGCACACUUUAGCUGUUUAUAUUUUAAGGACCUUCAUUCUCUGUUCUGCAGCUCUUCUGGAAAUUGAGUAAAUUUUGCUUUUUUUUUUUUUUUUUUUACUCAGUUGCAACUUACUCCUGGCAUCUUCAGAAUGCUUUUCUAGCAUUAAGAGAUGUAAAUGAUAAAGGAAUUAUUGUAUGAAACAUUACAAAGAGUAGAAUAUGCAUUGUUAUUAUAAUAUUUUUGCUAUCAUAAUCGCCUCAUAAAGACUGGUUUCAACCAUUAAAAUAUGUUCUUCCUUAAA